CUUCCUUCGGAAAAACCUUCCCUGAAGAAAACCCUUUUCACGAUGGGCAACUUAUUGGAAGAGUCCCUCCCCCUAGGAAUCGGAUUCGAACCCACCGAAGCCGACUUGCUGGGUUUGCUGAAGCUCAAAAUCGAGGGCGAAGAUGACUCUGUUUUCGAUUUCUUCGAUUCCGACCCAGAGGAUCUCAGCUCAGCAAAUACAAAGGAGAACAUCCACUGCCACGACGAUGGGAGGGUGUACGUAUUCGGGCCGCCGAAAAGCAAGGUUCGGAGAGGAAUUCAGAUCAACAGGGACACCCCGAACGGGAGAUGGUCACUAAAAUUAAAUAGCGAGAUCAGAAACCACGGUGGAGAUACAGUAGCGAUGAAGGGCCUGUAUUGCUUUUGUGGUGAUGAGAUGAAUGGUGAAGGUGGUCUGCUGCGCAAGGGGACGACGAAGACGCCAUGGACGAUGAGUGGGUUUCGCUUGAUUAAUGGCGUCGACAGGACGAUCGGGGAGGAGAUUAUGCUGUACGUGGUGCGUAAAUCGACGAGGUGAAAGAAUGGUGGAAACCGGUUGGGGAACGUGUUUUGAAGGCCUAUAAAGAGCAACUCAAUCA